GCCAGUGUGACACAGCAAGGGAAGCGAGUGGUAGUGUCGAGCGCGGGCCCUUCCCAUCUUUGUGCUGUGUUCAUUUCAGUGACCCGAGUAGUGUACAGUUUUCGUUACAGUUGAUCGGCUUGAGAAAAGUGCUUGUCUUUAAGAAGAAUAGUGAAGGAGAACGUAGCAACCCGGACCCCCGCGUAUGCCUGUUAUGCCCGUGAAUGAGUGUGGGAAUACGGCCAGAAAGCUUAUUGUGGGUGUAACGAAGGGCGGGGGGGUGCGUCAGAGCAGAGGGGGUAAGAGUGAGAGGGCAGCGUGGUAAGCAGAGAGAUUGGAAGAGAGGAGGGUGAUAAAAGAGAGGGAGAGAGAACGUGCGUAGAUUGUCUGUUGUCGAGAGAGCAGUUGCCAUUUGUUACUUUAUGAGUAAAUAUGCUUGUGUUUGAAUCUAACAAGACGUGCGCGUAAUUUCCAUGGUCACCUGCUGUUUGUUUCUUGAGCGUGUAGCGAGUAAAGAACUGAAUGGCUGAGGAAUAUCUGUUAUGGUCUUGAUUAAAUCAUUGCAGAAUAGUGAAGGAUUUGUAAAUGGAUAUUGUUGGUUAAACUUAUAUGAUCGUGUAUUGCACAACAGGACUCAAUUAGCUUUCAUCACCAAAGGGGUAACUUAUAACGUACGUCACUUUUUACAGUUUAUGCGGGUUCAUGAUAUUUAUUCAUUUUGUAGUGUUUGGAUGCAAGAGCAGUGUGAGGAGUUAGACCGCUAGCUAGUGGGUGUGCGGGCGCGUAGGUCGAGUUAGGCGGGUACGUGGCGGGCGUGCAUGAUGAGUGAGCGAAGAGUGUUCGAGUGCCUGUGCCUGGAGCCCAGCAAGGGGGGCUACAGCUACGACUCCGCACUGUUAGUCGAUGUUGACCGCGCCUUCGACUUUGACGAAGCUGUAAUCCGGUUAACAACCAAAUGUAACUCCAUCGUGACUCAGUUUCGCACCCUGGGUCACCAUUUCUCUGAGUUCUCCGUCGCCGCCUCCAAGGUAAACGGAAGCAAGGCAGAUUCACCCAACUCGGGAAACAAACGGGGCAAGAAUGACAUAGGUAGAAUGGAGAGUCCCUCCGGAGGCCCUGAGACUCGAAAUCUGAGGCUCAUGGACUACGAGUGGCGACGCCUUAAGAGGAAGAACUACUCCGGAAUGGUAGCUCUGGCACGCGUCACCAGGUCCUCCAUACCCAGAAACGGCUCGGGGGGCAGGUACUCCGUCAAAGCCUUCACGGAGGCGGUCCUGAGCCACAUCCAGGCCUAUUUCAUGUUCCAGUCCUUCUGCCCGGAGUUUGAACGCUGGAUGGGCGGAGAGGAAGGGACUUGGGGCUAUGGGCCUGAGAGUGCCGAUGACGAGUAUCUGCUGUAUCUUGUGUACCGGCUUCGGGAUAAGAAUAUCCCUGCUAAACCCACUACACCCACAUCGAGGAGGAAGUGGACGGAGGUGGACAGACUAGAAUUUGGCUG